UCUAUAAGUACUUAUGAUAUCCUAAUUUGAUAGCUUUUGGUCCAUGGUCAAAAGAUACAUGUAACGUUAUACAUCGGUAAAGCGCUAACUAUUAAACGAAAGUGUUAUUGAACCGGUCGAUGCCCCGUCCCUCCCCCCUGCGCGGGUUGGUCGGUCCCUCCUGUCCCAGGCUAGUCCAAAGUUCCAAGAUGGCGGUGCGGGUUGGGCAGGCAGCGGCCCGGGCCGGGGCCCCUCCGUUCUGCCUGAGUCUGUGCUGUGGCGAUCCGCAGGACAUCGAGCAAAGACAGCGGUCAAAGCAGAUCGACAAAAUGCUGGCCAAGGAGAAGGUCCAUCUCCGCAGACAAGUCAAAAUCUUGCUGCUAGGCGCCGGCGAGAGCGGCAAGUCCACCUUCCUCAAGCAGAUGCGCAUCAUCCACGGCAAGGAUUUCGACGUGGAAGCGCUGAAAGAGUACAGACCCACGGUCUACAACAACAUCGUAAAGGGGAUGAAAGUGCUCGUGGACGCUCAGAGAAAGCUAGGCAUCAAGAUGAAGGAGCCAAGCAACGAGCUGUACUGCGAUCAGGUUAUGAAAUUUGAAGGGACGAUCAAGAUAGACACUGCCCUGUUUUUGGAGUACUGCCCCGCUAUCAGGGCACUGUGGUCCGAUGCGGGGAUUCAGGAGGCGUGGGACAGGAGGAGAGAAUUCCAACUGGGUGACUCAGUAAAAUACUUCAUGGAAAAUGUUGACAGAAUAUCCAGUGUGGAGUACAUUCCAAGCAAGCAAGAUGUCCUGUACGCAAGAAAGGCCACCAAAGGCAUUGUGGAACAUGAAUUUGACAUUAAAGGCAUCCCGUUCCUCAUGGUGGACGUGGGAGGUCAGAGGUCACAGCGUCAGAAGUGGUUCCAGUGCUUCGAGUCCGUCACAUCCAUCCUGUUCCUGGUGUCCUCCAGUGAAUUCGACCAAGUCCUAAUGGAGGACCGGAAAACAAACCGGCUGGUGGAGUCACUGAACAUCUUCGAGACGAUAGUGAACAAUAAGACUUUCACAGAAGUGUCCAUCAUCCUGUUCCUCAACAAGACGGACUUGUUGCAGGACAAGGUCACGUACGUCAGCAUCAAGGAGUACUUCCCAGAGUUCCCUGAGAUGUCAGAUCCGCACAAUCUGACGGACGUACAAAACUUUAUCCUAAACCUGUUCGAUGCCAAGAGGCGGGAGCGGAACAAGCCGCUCUUCCACCACUUCACCACGGCUGUCGACACGGAAAACAUCAAGUUCGUCUUUCACGCCGUCAAGGACACCAUCCUUCAGGACAAUCUUAAGCAGCUCAUGUUGCAGUAACCACGGCAACCAGUUGCCAUAGCAACAGGCACUCCUGCUGCUCCUUUCAUGGCAACUUGGUUCCCAUGUGGACAACAUGGUUUGUCCUGCUCUAUGGAGUUCUUGUGCUGUAGUAAGGUUUCCCAGAGAUAAGGAUGUAAGCACCAAUACCAUUGGUUAUCCAUCAUUCAGAGAUAGUCUGGCCAUCGUGCCUUCGAUGACGUGUCUUAAAGAGUUGAAGACAUUUAAGAAGUCUUACAAGAAAUGAUGACCAGCCGUUUUCUACCAAGGGUUUGAUGUCAGACAGAAGGUCUCUACAAUGCACACCAAUUACUUCACCUUGAAUUACAACAAUAUCACAUCCGAUUGUUUAGGUGAUAAGCUGAUAAUUAUAAUCAUCAGUUGGUCUGAUUUGAAACAAGUCAUAGGGCAAUUCCAUUUGACGAGGCAGAUUGACUUUGAACUAAUCAGCUGAUUAGUUCUCCACAUGAAUGAUAGGUUUUGUUUCCCAUUUGUGUGCUUAACUUGAUAAUUCUGGCUUUGGAGAAGGACUGAAUAAUCAAGCAAUAUUACCAUGGUUUGGCAGCUACGAAACACAGAUCAGUGGUUUUCAUACUGUCUGCUAAUUGUUUCCAAAUUGUUCAUCUUUUUUCACCCUGAAAGCCUUUUAUAAACAUUUCUUAUCAAAAGUCCCAUCCUUUGUGACACGUUAACAAUGUGUGCAGUCCAUGAAAAAUUGAGAACCUUCUGUCACCAUUACAAACUUCGCUUUCAUGACAAGAAACUUAGUGAUCAGAAAAUGUUAAGGAAUUUUUUGUGUAAUACAGGCAUGUUUGUUUUGCCAGUGAUCUUUUGAUCAGUACACUUUGACACUGUAAAAAGCAAUUUUGAUGUAACUUGCAACAAAAUAGAUGAUUUAUUCAAUGUCAUCUGAUGCUAACUAUAACGUUGAGUGAACACAAAGUAGGAUGAAUAUCAUGACAACAGUGAUAGAAAACAUCUGUUCUACAGACAUACUUAGAAACUAUUAAACUCCAGAUUCUAUUGGUGCUUUUUUAAACAGAAUUGUGAAACCCAAAACAUAAUCAAAUCCAUGUGAAUGACCAAGAAUUCUUUUUGGACACCAGUGAACUUGAAAAUGCUGUCAAAUCUUAAUUGAAGCAGAAUACUCAAAAGUGUGUAUUUGCGCCAGUAUGAAAUAAUUGUUGAGGCUCAAAAUUUAAUAACAGAUACACAGAUAUUGACAGUUUUACUCCAGAUGCUCUACCCAUUUUGCUGCUGUGUAAUCCAACACAUUACUGACUGAAAAAAGGCUAUAAUUGCUGUUUGGAUGGGUUAACCAGUGUGUGAGAUGACAGGGAAACUCUAAUGUGUAAUAACUGACCGAAAUCCUCAUGAUUGUAUUUCAUAAUUGUAUGGUAGAUGCUUUGGAUAUGAAAGCAAUGGUUACUAUUGUACAUAUGUAAUGUAAAUCAUAAAAUUAACCUCCAAGACUGAUAAGUUGGAAGCCAUGACUUUAAGUGUAAGUAUUUUUCCCAAUUAUUUGCAUCUUGUGUUUUGUUUUCCAUGAAAAGACACUUUCAUAUACAUGUACUCAUCACAUUUUCAACAAUCCACCCAUAUUAUGCUACUAAGCGUUAACAUUGUUAAGAUUUUGCCACGGUCUCUAUAUAAUAGAGUUCGCAGUGUACUCCAAUUAGUUAAAUGAUGAUUUAGAAACAGCAUGUGAUCUUCAAACUUUCAAGGGCUUGUGGUUUAAGAAUUGAAAGAUCUUUUGAAUGUAAACUUAAAUAUGUGAAAUUGAACAUAGGGAUAAAGUUUGUAAUCAAGACUAUUGGACAGGUUACUAAGGAAUAGAAGAUUUGCUGUAUGUAGAGUAGUGUGGUGUUGAAAGGAAGGGGUAGAGUUGAGAAUACUGUAUGAGGAUGGUUAAAGCCACUGAAAAGGAGGGAAUGAAACUUAAAAACAAAAUGUAUGCUUUGUGUGUGGAGAAGGGAUACUGUGCUGUAUUUGAAUUUAACAAGGCUAAAUGAAAGCCUUAGAUUUAGAAGUACUGGUAUUAGGCGGUAAAUGAAUGGAGAAUUCUCUCUUCCAAAGGGUCUUGGCUUGUCACUUACGGUAACAUUUAAAAGGAUUUACAGUAGAUCUUUAUAUCAGAUUAGUUGCUAGAAAAAUAAUCUUUGGAUAGUUCCUGCAUUUUAAAGCAUGUGCAUGCAUGUAUGAUCUUGCAUGCUCGUUUAAUUUAUGAUUUAUAAAUAUAUGGGUGUGGUGGUUAUUAUGAACACUCAAAACUUAUAUGUGAAUAAUUUUUUUUAAUGAAUCAAAGUCAAUGUUGUAGGUUUUCUUUUGUGUUUUUGAGGAAGAAUUUUGACUACAUGUAUGACUAUGUAACUGCUUUGUUGGUAGCUGCAGCUGCUGCACACUUAGCUUUCUGUAGGUAAAUAAACUGCAAUGUCCUAGAAGUAAGAAGCAACUCACGAUUUCUGCUAGCCUGGGUAUCAUCCUCCAUGGUGACUGCUGGCUCAAUACAUUCACUGGCUAACUCUGCAAAAGUAUUGAGCCAGCGGUCACUAAGGAAGAUGGCACGCAGGCUAGAUUUCUGCAGUGUUUGAUACUUGUAAGAAAUUCCAUUGUGCUAAGAGCGACACUACAGAAACAGAUUUUACUUCCUAUUUUCCAUAAGAAACCUUGUCCUCUACAGGUGACCUUGCCUUAAGAUUCAUGUUUGCAGCUUUAACUGGAGCUCUACAUUUGAUCAACCAAUGAUGUCAACACAUAAGUAACCAAUGAUGGUUCUUGGAACAAUGUACAAGGUUUCUGAUUGGUUGCCGGAAUGCAGGACCUCUAACAUUAUACGUAGUUUGAAGAAAAUGAUAGUUGAAAGCAAAAUCAUUGUCAGGUUUACAGCUACAAUAUGUAUGUGCUCAGCUACAGAUGCCAUGUUAUCUUAUAGAUACGUUUUUAUGCAUUCCUGAAGCUAAAUCUAUGACAUUAUACAGACUCUCAAAAGUAAAAUUAAACAGGAAAUGUGCCAACAUAGUUGUUAUGGAUCUGAACCCAAUAAAAACUGGGUGUUGUAUUACUGUUAUUGACAAGUGGCGAGUUUUUCAACUGCUUUGUUUAACCAUUCCAUUUCUGUUGUGAAGAGGUAGCAAUGACAUUGUGAUGUAAACCAAUGACUGCUUUAAUGCUUGCAGAGUGUAGACUUUAGGUGACAACAGUAUGUGGAGUUCAGAAUGCAGACUGUACAGUUUGUUAUCUUAGAGUAGACUUUUCUAUCUUGAACUGAAGUGCUGAUAGACCUAGAGGCAAUAGUAACUCUGUAACCAGAACCAUUUUUGUCUGUGGAAAAAGAAAAAAAAGUGCCAUUGAGUUUGUGAAUGGUACCUAAUACUGUUACUCAGUGAAGUCAUUGUCUUUUAAUGGGUUUGUAACGUUUUGCUGUGAAUUUUCUCUACUGACAGUGACUCUUCCCUUUGUACAAGAGCUGAAUAUAAAGCCAUGGUUUGCUUUAA